AUGCGAUCCACUCUAGGAGCUUCUGUUAGGCUUGUGCCUUCAGCUGAUGUUUGCUCUAGGAAUGGUGAAUGCAGUGGAAUGAUGGUAGUGAUGGAAUGCAAGUGUGGUGAGGUGGGAUGGGUGAGAUGCAGAUGGAAUGAGAUGGGAUGGUGUGUUGGGCGGCUUGAGAGGACAUGGGCGAGCGUGGAGAGGUUCUGCUCGGCCAUCAAGUCGCGCCAACUAUGA